CACCGUGACCAGCACGACCGGAAGCAGCAGCACCACGCACAGCACCACUACCGCAACCAGCAGCACCACCGUGACCGGAACCAGCAGCAUCACACGCACCAGCGCCAGCAUAACCAGCAGCACCAGCGUGACCAGCACGACUGGGACCAGCAGCCUCACGAGCUUGUCGGUAACGUUGUCAGCCACGACCACCUCGUACCAGGACUCCGAUUGCCCAGACAACUCAACAGGGCACAGUGUGGGGCAUGGCUGUGUGUGCGAUGCGGGCCACUCGGGUUCGAUAUGGCCUGCAAAAGAUUAUCCAUUCUACAACGGUUCGUGCAUUGCAGUGAAUUGCCCUGAACAUUCCACAGGAGUAAGUGUACCAGAGGGUUGUACUUGCGAACCUGGGCACAUGGGAGCAAUUCGGCCUGCAUCGGAAGCUCCGUUCUACAAUGGAUCGUGCGUUGCAGUGGCGUGUCCGGCGGGUUCUUCGGGGACCAGUGUAGCCAACGGAUGUGUGUGUAAUCCUGGCUAUUCUGGCACAUGGACAUGCGAGGCUGGUUAUUCUGCUGACGCGAUCACGGCAACGACGAUCGAACCAUACUACAGCGGAUCCUGCGAGGCCGUGAAUUGCCCAGGCAAUUCAACAGGAAGCAGCGUGGCGGACGGAUGUACGUGCAAUGCUGGGUUCGAGGGGGUAAUAAACCCCAUAUCAGAACCACCGUUCUACAGUGGAACUUGCACCGUUCUAGAGUGCAGUGCGGCUCCGACGUAUGCCCCCACAGCACUUCCCACAUAUUCCCCGACGUCCGCUCCCACGGUUUCUCCGACGGCUUCUCCAACGCUUGUUCCUACGUUUCUCCCCACGCCUGCUCCUACGCAUCUACUAGGCGUGCCGACUCCGCCCCCGACGGUUGCCCCGACCUUCGCCCCAACGUCGGCGCCCACGCCUGCACCCACACUGCUGCCAUGUGCCAACUUCGACGAAGCUGGCACGUCGUACCCGUGCAAGUGCGGCACUGCGACUUGCAAUCAGGAUGAAUUGUGCUACUUCGCGAGCAGCACAUGUGUGCCGGCGUGUUCAAACAUCGACGCAACAGAUUUGUUUGACACGACGGUGGGCCGCUGCGGGUGUGGUGCGAACAUUUGCACAACCACGAACAGCAGUUAUUGCCACAAGGAAUCAAACAGAUGCAUAGCUUGCAGCUCCGAAGGAACGUGUGAUGAUGUCGUGUACGUGUGUGAGGGGUUUGAGGUUCUUUCGCAUGCAUGGCAGGGGUGCGCUAACUUGCGCAAAGCCGUAAUACCGAGCUCGAUCUAUCUAAUCGGCGAGUUCGCUUUUGCAGACUCGUCCUUGCAGUCCGUCUCGAUCCCAGAAGGGGCUCUCAUCAUCAGGAAUUCCGCUUUCGAGAACACAUCGCUCACAGAGGUGAGGCUUCCGUCCACGCUUCGGGCCGUGUUUGACCGCGCAUUUUGGUCGAACUCCUACUUGCGACACGUGACCAUGUUUUUCCCCAAACCCAGUUGGGGACAGUUGGCAUUCCCAGCGGAUGUAAACAUCACUUACGCGAACGGCAAUUGCUCGCGAGGCGAAAUCCUUACAAGUGAUGGUUGCUCGCAGUGUGAGCCGCACGAGAUUCCGAAUCAGGGGCAAGACGUUUGCGUGGCAUGUGAAGCAGGGAAGAUGCCACAUAGCAGUUCAAGCUAUUGCAAAGACUGCGAUGCAGGAGAAUAUUCGGCUGGUGACUCCGUCUGCCAGCUGUGUCAGGCGGGAACCAUUUCAGGCAUUGGUGAUGCUGCUUGCACGCCUUGCUCCGUGGGGACAGUUCCGAACAGAGGUGGUAGCGCUUGCGAAAAUUGCAGCGCUGGCAAGUACUGGGCUGGCGACGGGCAGUGCCAAGUCUGUGAGACGGGGCGGAUUUCGAAUCAGGGAUCAAUCACUUGUGAGGAUUGUCCACCCGGGAAGAUGUCAAGCAGCAGCGCUAGUAGUUGCAAGGAUUGCGCUGCUGGAAAGUAUUCUUUUGGUGACACGUUGUGCCAGGAGUGCGAAGGCAACACGGUUUCUGAGCAGGGAGUUUCGAAUUGCAAGGCAUGCCCAGGUGACCUUCAGCCUACCAACAGCCGAUCAUCUUGCGUUUGUCCAGCUGGGACAAUGCUAGUCGGGAGCAGCACGUGCGAGCCUUGUCCACAGGGUGGCGUGUGUGUUGAUGGAGUUGUGGUGUCCGCGAUUUCGAGACACUGGCUCCCUGCUGGGGACAAUGCAAUGCCUGUCAAGUGCCCCUUGGGCGAGAGGGAUGGCGCAUGUCUAGAAGACAACAACUGCUCAAACGGCUACACCGGCAGUGCAUGCGCGAUUUGCGCAGAUGGAUUCGGACGCUCUGACUCGCGUUGCGUACCGUGUGCUGGAGCUGGGAUUCGGUUCUAUAUUGUCAUGGCAGUGUUCGCUGCGAUCGCCAUUAUCUGGCCUGCGCUGAGGGAAUUCGGACCCGACGCCAGCCAGAUUCUUAACUUUGCCGAUACGGAUCAAAGUGCCAUUGAGGUUUCCACGGGCGAUUUGGCGGACAGUUUUGCUGUGUCUAUUACUGUCGCCUCGCAUGCUUCCAGAGUGAGCCAGUCAGUGGCAGGGGCUGCGAGUCGGCUUGAGAAGUUGUUGACCUCGCACGCCAUGCGUGUAGUGAAGGUGCAAGGCCGGAUAUUGUUCCUUUUCUUGCAGGCAUCGUCGGGAUGGGUAGUUACGCUCUACGCCACGUUUCCUCACAUAUUGGACUCGAAUUUCGACGCGUUUCACACUGUCGUCACUUCAUGCACUUCCUGGGUCCACGCUAUAGUCAACUCCGACAUGCAACUCCGUUUUGGGUGCGUGGUGUUGCCCGACACGGCGUUCGUGAUUAAGGUUGCCGCAGUACCAACUUUUUUGACGUUCUAUUUCUUCUCAGACAGAUUGUGCACGCGUAUCGCGAACAUGACGUGUUUGCAGUCCGCGAUUCUAUAGAGAAUACAGUGAUGGGCACGGGAUUGGGGGACGAUUAGUUACCCCGUAUUUUUGGCUCACGUAUUUGUCAUACACGCCGCUGACAUUGGCUAUCGUGUCACAUAUGCCGAUCAAGGGAGGUGCAUUCGAUUGCACCCUCGAGGCAUACAAUGGAGGAGACUGUUAUUUGCGCCUUGAUUACCGUAUCAGUCUUACUACUUGGUCAUACGCACAUGUGGUACGACCUUUGGCCAUGUCAUCAUUCGUGGUAAUUUCAAUCGGCGUACCUGCAUCCUACGUGGCAUUUAUGUGGCGCGGAGUCAAACGAGCACGGCAGAAGCGGCUGGUUGCCAGUUCAGACGAUGGCGAAACUUGGAAUGAGCUAGCUAUGAAAGAAACAGGCAGGUCUUGGAGUGCCCUCUACGGGCAGUAUACGGCUGAUUACUGGUGGUUUGAAUGUGUUACAAUGUAUCGACAAAUGCUUCUCGCAAGCGUUGCUCUUGUCGCUGGCGAGACUGCGACUGGCUACAUAUUCUUUUCCAUAUUCACUGCCUGUUGCUACGCCGUAGUUUUAGCGUUUUGCAAGCCGUACGAGCGAGAGUGUGACAACCGCGCGCAGUUGCUGGCCACACAGGCGCUGAUAUUAAUGUUUAGCUGUCAGGUCGUCCCAUCAGACACUGCCUACGCGGAAGACGUACCGCAUGAUCGACACCGCGCCGAGAUUGGAGAAACUUUACUAAUCGCCGUCUACAUUGGCGUCUUCGUCGGUCUGACACUGUACGUGAUCUUCCAGGCGAUCCCCCCAGAGCUGAGCGAUCCUGCGGAGCGCGCCAUCCGAACAGCAUUCGCGUGGUGCUGCUCGAAUGACCUCAGGCGACAUCUUGGGGACAGGGGCCAAGAGGGCAUUUGUGACGAAAGCCGCGCACAGGAGCGUUCGCCGCCGCCGUGCAUGAUAUCCUCCUUGUAAGGGGUGUCACGGGGAAGGGGCGGGACGAUUCGCCCGCCAUUCUUGUACGAAGUGGAGGCAGAGAAGAGUCUACCGCUGUCGACUCGUUUGCCGACGCGAGUCUAUCGCUGCCGGUGCUCUCGCUUACGCCGCGCAAGAUACACGAAGCGCAGACAAAGGAUUACACCGCCAUCACCUCUCUUGGCGUCGCGCAAACUUUGCGAACACAUACGGAGCAAGAUAUACGAAGCGAGGCGGAUAAACGACCAGCCGUUUCAGUUGUGGUUCGGACGCCAAUUUUUGUUCUGACAGAUAUUGAGUGCUACGUCCUGCUCAUAGUGACUUGCGCUGCAGACGCGUUUUACGCGCGUUGACUCCCGACCGCGGCGCUGGCGCUUCGGCGCUGGUGCUGACAGACUUCGGAUGCAGGAUGAGUUUGGGUGACCCAGUAAUUGCGGAACGCGUGUGUUGUUUGCUCGUCGCCGUUUCCCCUUCUCGUCGCCUGUUUUUCCCCAUAUCCAAAGAGAUGGGGUUCUUGUUAUUCCCCAUAUCCAAAGAGAUGGGGUUCUUGUUCCCCGUAUCCUAUGUAUGGGAUUCUUGUUAUUGGCGGACCGCGCCGGAGGAGAACACAGACGAGAACACACCACUCCUCUCACCCAGA